AUGGGGUUGAGUUCGCCAACUGGAUCUUGCGCUGCUGGUUUCUACUGCCCAGCAAACUUCAGCUCCUUCAGCCCAACUGCAUUCCUGUGCCCGGAGGGCCAUUUCUGCCUGUCUGGGGCGGCCUAUCCAACUCCAUGUCCCACUGGAGAAUAUCAGCCCAACCGAGGCUCAGCACAUUGCCUUCCUUGCCCAUCAGGGUUCUACUGCCAUGAGGCUUUUCCUGCAGAACCCAAGCAUUGCCCACCACAUUCAUAUUGUCCUGAAGGUACUUUGGCUCCCCUUCCAUGCCCCGAUGGCACUUUUACUUUUCAAGAUGUUUUUGGGCUGCGAAAAGAGAGAGAUUGUCUUCCUUGCUCCCCUGGUCACUACUGCAGGGGAGGGCGGAUGGAGGGACCAUGUGCCGCUGGCUUCUUCUGCCAAGAGGGGAGUGCUGAUGCCACACCACAGGGUUACAACUUCACUUGGGCUCCCCUGGCUGACUGUCUAUGGGGAGAAAGAUGUGCAGGCCGUUGCCCGUCAGGAUUCUACUGCCCAGAAGGCUCAGCAGCACCCAUUCCAUGUCCAGAUGACACCACAGGUUCUCCCCCAGGUGCCAAGCAAAGAGGAGACUGUCUGCCCUGCCCACCAGGUCGCUGGUGCAAAACAGAAUAUUCCAUGGUUUUUCCAUGUCCCUUUGGGUCCAACUGCCAAGGGAUGAAUCUCACCAAUCCCCUUGGACCACAGACCCUCCAGCAAUGUCCCAAGCAGGCUUUCCAAACAGAAUUUGGGACCGAGGGACAACCAGAUUACCAACUCUGCAUGUCAGAAUGCCAGUGUCCUCCAGCAGAACCCACUGCCCUCAGAGAGUACCCUUGUGCCCCAGGACACUGGUGCCCAGGCAGAAAAGAUGCCUUUCUUUGCCCACCUGGUUCCUACAGGACUCAUCCUGGAGCUACAUCUGUGGAAGACUGCUUGCCCUGCCCAUCUGGAUUUUUCUGUCCAGAUCCAGGAAAGUCAGGGGUGCCAAACAUCCAUGGACUACCUUGUGAAGCAGGUUAUGAAUGUCCACUAGGUUCAUCUCAUCCUUCAAAAUGUCGUCCUGGCUCUUUGUGUGGACCCCGCACAGGAAUCCCACCUCUGUGUCCAGCAGGGUAUUAUUGUCCUGAAGGGUCAUCGACAUAUAAGAUUCUGGGCCAGCUGUGUGUCUAUCCCUACUACUGCCCUCCUGGAACUGCUCAACCGCAGCUGUGCCAAGCUGGUUAUAUAGCCCUGAAUGUGACGGGUCUUAGGGACUCCUCAGAGAAAUGUUGCAGGGCCUGUAAUGCUGGUACCUACAACAGCAAUUUGGAUUCCCACCCACCCUGUUUGCCCUGCCCAGCAGGAUUCAGCUGUCCUCCAGGCACUGCAAGUUUCCUCCAGCAUCCCUGUCCCCGAGGAUAUUUCUGUCCUCCCCAGACCUCUUCUCCUAUGCCUUGUCCUCCAGGCACCUAUGGGAACAGAAGCCUCACAAAGCACCUGGAGGAAUGCAAUCUGUGCCCUGCUGGUUUUUUCAAUCAUGUGCCUGCCCAGACUGGCUGUUUUCCAUGUGGGAGCUCCUCAAGAUCAAGAGAAGGUGCGACUAAUUGCACCUGCCUAGGUUUGCACCGGAGUUUUCAGGAAUCAGAUGGCUCUUGCAUCUGCCAAGCGGGAUACCUUUACUAUGAUGAAAGAGGGAAAAAAAGCUUGGAUAGCAACAGUGACCAAGAUUGCCAACCACAGAUAGAGGAGCGCUGUGCUCCAGGGGAGAUUCGCCUGGCAUCCACACGCGAGUGUGUCAUCCCUGAACUGUAUAACUGCUCCCUAGUUUGUAAUCCAGGGAAUGGAGAACUUCACGCCGAGCUUGGCAUAUGCCACUGUGAACAGUACAUUUCUGCCGAAGAACUCUGUGAUCAGCUGUGCUUGCUGCGAUCCCCUCGAUUUUCUCUCAGGUUUGGCCCUGCAAGAGAGCUGCUCCUCACCGUCCAGGGGGCUGAGGAACGAGAGAUACCAAAUAUACUUGGACCAGAUCAUCACAUUCAGAAAAUCCAGCAGGUCCAUCUGACUCUCUUUGGCCCCAGUGGUGUUUUGGGCUUCCUUCCUUCCAACCCAGACAUGAUUGAUUCAUUCCUAUCAGGUAAGGUUUAGUCAGUGAUGGGGAGACAUCGGCGAGAUGCAUCACGCCAACAUUUGCCUACAAUCCCAAAUCCUGUUGCCUGUUUGGUGGUGGGAGAUGCUAUGCUCUUCCAGCUCAGCGUUAAUCCCUCCAAUCGGGCUUCCAGCCACUACCCUGUCUAUCAGAAGGAACAUCUCUACAACAGCAACCCCCACUGGGAUUUUGGUGCCUUCAGAAGGCUGGACCACCUCAUCCAAGAGACCCAGCUCAACAUUUCCAGGUUCAGCCAUGUUUUUCUAGAACCUGGAACCUACGUGUUUCGGGAUAAUGCCAUUGAAAACCGGAUGCUAAUUGUGGUAGUGAAUAAGCACAGCCUGGGGUGUGGUCCCCACACAGCCUCCUUCCAGCCUUCCUCUCCAUACCAGCUGGCUCGGCAUGGAAUCUUAAAGCACCCGGUGCUGAAUAUUGCCCCCGACUGGGCAGUUAUUGCAGUUGUCCUUUUCAUCUUGGGCUUCCUGACCAUGGUGCUGACUGCUCUCUUUUUCCUACUGAGGCCUCCCAGCUGCACACCCAACCCAAUGAAGAACUGGAAGCCCCGAUGGAGGAGCUUAGGAGAAUAUCACAUCCCACCAGAGUAUGUGCUUAUUAAAGAGAGCCUCCAGGUCAACACAGCCCUUGGAUCUGAAAGCUCUGGAGAAGAACUCAAUGUCAGAGGAGAAAACUUUCCUGGAUUAUGUGGCAAUCAGAUCACAAUAAAACAUCUGGAAGACUUCAGUGUUCGCACCUUGUAUGACAAGCUAGAAGACCAGAAUUUACAUCUGGCAUCACAGCUUGCAAAACACCGGGCUGAAGUUUCAGUGUUUUAUCGAGGGAUCAGUCAGAAAAUUCAAAGCCUUUGGGAUAUGAUACAAGCAGUGGAUUUGAACAAACUGAAGGGUUCCGAAAAAGGCAAGGUUUUGCAUGAAAGAAACCAGGUCACCUUCAUCUCAGAUAAGGAGACCCAACAGAGUGAAAAUUCUCCAGCUAAAUUGUCAGGAGUCUUGAAAGCAAUGGGCUACUCAGGGGCUGAGUGGCAGGAGGCAACUGAGUUAAUGAAAGUCCUGGGAAUUUUGCUGCAAAAAAUCCAGCAUCAGAAAGUAGCAAUGAAACAAGAAAAGGCCCACAAACAUGAUGAUGCUGAGGAUCCCAGACUGGACAAAGGAAAACAGGCUGCGGCUGAGAAGCAAUGCAUGGACACCCAUUUUCUGCAGCAACUCUUGCUGCCCAGUGAGAUAAGUCCCUCCUCCUCCCAUUGGUGUGAAGAUGAAGGUAUGGAUCCACAGCUCCACAAGAACAUCCUGUUUGCUUGUGUGAAUGAGCUGCAAGUGGAGGCCCUAAUAGCAACUUCUCCCCUUGCCAACACCCUAUGUGAAAUCAAACAUUUUCUGGAGGAAACACACCAGCACCCUUGCUCUUUUCCUUUUCCAGGAGCAAGGGGAAAUGAUGACAACCAUCUUUCUACUGGCUCCAGCAACAGUACCUUGAUCACCACAAACAUAGCCAGUUUAUCACCUCAGCAAUUUGUGGUUUAUCGUUUUGGCUGCACCGUGGCACACCUGAUGGGAAGAGUCUUCUCUUUGCCAGCGCUGGUACUUCUGUUGGCUGAAGCAAUCCCUCAACAACACUCCAUGGGAGAUCAGAAGGCCACCUGGCUCACCAAAGAUUCGUACUACGAUGCUAACAACCAUUUCCUGUACAUUCUUUCAUCCCAUCUGGACAAUGCUGGGGUAUUUGUGGCAGUGUUGCUGAAUGCCAUGGCCAGCAUCAAAGCAGGCCCUAUGCAAGCCAACCACAUAAUCCCUGGAUUUUUGAAAGAGCUCAACAAAGCCAUCACAGCUCUAGCAGAUGCUUUUUUCCACUGUUCUUGGGGAGCAGUGGAGAUGACAGAGAAGAAAUCUGUGCAAAAUUACUCACCACUUUGUUUAGCUGCUCGGUUGAGUUUUGAAGAACUGUUGAGUGUUCAGAUGUGGUCCAGGCUUGGCUCCCUUGAGAGAGAUCCAGAAGAAAGGUUGCAAAAGGGCACAGCUUUCCAGCUGCAAUCAGAGUUCCAAAACAUAUUAGAAAAAUCAGAACAAAAUGGAAAGGAGGUAAAAAUUGCAGAGCUGGAAGAAAGGUUGGAUAGCUUGAAUAAGGACUUCUUGCAGCUCACACAACAGGCCUCAAUGACCCAGAAAGAGGAGGAACUUCUAGAUCAGGAGCUCAGGAUGCUAGAACAAUCAGCCUUGCAUAUGUCUUUGGAUGCUCUCCCCAAGGAGGAACCACAGCACUUCUUUGAACUUCUUGAAUUGUGUACUCUGAAGAGAGACCAACGUCAACUACUGGAAGCAAAGAAGAAGUUUACUGCACAACAGAUCAAAGAUGUUGAAUCUAAACUGGCUCAACAUCUGAAUCUUCAGAGUAGCCACCCAUCACCAACUGAAGCAAGGGUGACCUAG